GCUAUAAUAAUAGCUUUGGGGCGUCAUAUGCUCCUACUGCUAAUAUGUGGUCGCGUCCCAUGGGACGUACAUUCACGCUACCUCCUACGCCAGAGCCCCAGGGCUAUGCAGGCUCUGCCGGAUUCUCUGCAAGUGGACAGGGUGCGGUUGGUUCUAUCCAGAGGCACUCAAGCUUGGGUGCGUCUCCGCCUGCCCCUUCUGCUAGCCAUGCAUAUCCUUCUGGGACUUCCGUCUCUGGUAGAUAUGUGGCGCAGAACCAGGAGUCUCCGAUCAAGGAUGAGAAUGAAGAUGUCAAAAUACCUUUGGAGGUUCAGGUUCAGCGUCUUCAUCUCUCUCCGGGCGUUGCAAGGGCUGAAUCCUCAAUGAACGUCAGCGCUCCUGGGAGAGCUCAAUCGGAUCCUGUGGCAAGCCCCAGAGCUUCUGGAGCCUGCCCGAGUUUGGGGUCACUUGACAUGAACACCUUGCCUUCCAAUCUGAUUAUGUUCUACUUUGGUGUUCUUACCACUCAGGCGUCGCUGGCGCCGCGCUUUGACUUUACCAGGGAGGACAGUGGGAAAUGGGGUGUCAAAUUGACGCUCUAUGGCCACACCCUGGUAAAGGAAGAGUGCGGCACCCAAGCUGCAGCUAAACUUGCCGUAUGUCGAGACGCUAUGGAGACGCUGAGGAUGCAGUAUCCAAGCUGGGCUGUUCCUGAUGAGCCUCAUGAGACUGAAACUGAGUCUCUUUGGGGGUGGACUCGACUUCUGAAUAAGUACUGCGAACAUAACAAGAUGUCUCCCCCAAAGUACACCAAGUAUGUGCAUGUCAAGGGGUUCCGAUAUGAAGUUGAAGUUGACGGUGCUUCAUAUUUCGGUCUCCCAAAGUCUCAUCGUACAGAAAGGGAGGCUACGAAAGCUGCUGCCCAUAUGGGAUUCUAUUCGACCCUCGUUCGCUGCCUUCAGGAGGACGCUGCCCUCCUAUGUCAUGAACCAUUGCAAGAGACAAAUUCGGGACUGGGGACUGCUAGCUCUCUAGUUGCUGCUCACAGGGCUGCUGCCAAGAGCAAACGUCAUAAGACUUUGAAGAUUAUCAUGCCCAAGGGAAAAGCAGCGGCUCCGAAGGUUGGCAAGAAAAAGAAGUCGAAACUCAACUCCAACCUACUUCCUGUAUUGAAUCGCAGAAUCCACGACAUCCCUACAGCUUCGAACUGCGCUAAGAAUAGCAGAUGGAGCUUGACGCCUUCUGAGAUUAGUGAUCAAAUCCGCGGUUUGAAAACUUAUAGGGAGAAGCUUGAGAGAAGCUGCAACCUUCUCAAUCUUGAAUACCCGGAGGUAGAAAUCACCCAAACAGACGGCCGUCUCAUCGAGAACUCCGAAGGCGAGUACCGCGCUGCCGCAUUUUUCCCAAACGACCCGUUCCUAGCUCGCGUCGGUCCUAUUGGCGCCAUCAAACAGGUCGUGAAAGACAAGACUGAUGCGCUGGAAGCCUGCUCCAAGAAAGUUGUCGAGUAUCUGAUCCACAUGGUGGAAGAAGAUACUGCCUUGGAUAGAGAACGCGCCUUGGAGAAGGAGAGGGUCGAGCGGUGGAAGGAGAAUGCUAUUUCCCAAUAUGUCCAUCAGGGCCUGGUGGAUGUUGAGGAGGGAGAGGUUCUGAUGCAGGAUGUUUGAAAAGGAUAUCAGGCUCUUCCCACUCGUCGACAUUGAUUGUUUUACCUCUACCUACUUGCCUGUCCUUCGACUAGAUUGGAUACAUGAGUUACAUUAGUAGUACGUGAAUCUAAUUACUAGUCAUGCGAUAAUAGUCCUCUAAACGGGGGGUUCCCUGACGGUUUGACUCUCCUAUAAUUUUGAUGGUAUGGUUUCAUCUCAGAUAGUCGGCCACGAUAACUUUCAGUGAAUUGCGUCGGCCAACUUAAUCACAUUGAAGCU